GUCAAAUAGUGAAUACUGAAUAUCAAAUGGGUGUCUAUCACGCAAUUGUAUUUAAAACGAAAUUACAACUAAAAACAUUAUUCAUUAUUUGACGAAACACAUUUAAAAAAUACCUUUAUGAAUAAUAAAAAAGUACAUAAACAAGCAAUAUUGUCAGUGCUGUGAAAUAUACUAUAAUAGAUUUAAUUUUCUAUUAUAAUUGAUGAUGUAAGAACAUUGAAGGUCUAGUGCGUGUAUUGUUUGUUGCUUUAUUGUGCAUUUUGGGCAUGGAAAGUGACAUCAUGGCAUCUGGAAAUUGUGAUAAGGAAGAAAAUGAGAGCAGUUCCCAUUCAACACCGGGUGAACACAAGUCAUUCGCCGAGUUUGCGAAGGACAAGUUAGAUAGCGCUGGUAGAGAGCUUCGUCGGCGGCUGCCAAUGGCGGGCCAAAUCGGUGCUCAUUUGAUACAUCCCCGGAGACUAUUGCUGCAUUCCACUCCAACACAACAAACUGAUGUAGUUCUGAUCUUUCCGAAAGGGUUGCCAGAUAGUAUGCUCCUCUGGUUGUUGCAAAAAUUACGAGGCAGUCGACCGAGGUUACGAGUGUGUGUUCGACAGCACGCUUCUUCGCAAUGCUCUGCCUUCUAUAUUACCGCUGAUGAUGAUGUGCUCCUGCAAACCGCUGAGGAGAUACAUUUGCCAAAACUGCUGAAACCGGAAUUCGGAGGCGGAUACAAGGAAUUCACUGUACGCGAUAUGCACUGCUUUCACAAGGGCACAUCAGCGUCCGAACUAUUGAACUCGCAAGAACGUGGUGCUCUAGUGAAACACGUACUGGAGUCGGCCAGAGCGGAGCCCGGCGACGAGAAGGCUCUGGAACCCGCCCUCACGUUGCGAGCGGGUCAGAGUAUUGUGCCGGCGUGCGUCAGCCGCGGCGUGAUUGCGAGCAUGUUCCCGCUGCACGAGCGCGCCGCGCUCGACGCGCUGCGCGGCAAAUGGGUGAAGAGUUUCUUUUCGCCGCAGCCUUUGGAUGAAAUAAGCGAGUACUUUGGUGUGAAGAUUGCUAUGUAUUUCGCUUGGCUCGGUCACUAUACGAGAUCUUUAACAGUGCCGGCCGUUGUUGGAUUUGUGUUUUGGGUGUGGCUGGGAACAGCUAACGAAAAUUGGAAAGACAUAGCGCAUGUGCUGUUUUCCUUGUUCAAUGUUCUGUGGGCUUGCGUUUAUUUGGAGACGUGGAAAAGAUAUUCAAAUGUUCUAGCCUAUAAAUGGGGAACGAUAGAUCAGCGGGAUGACCUAUUGCUCGAACCUAGACCGUUGUUUCAGGGCGAGAUGAGCAUCAGCCCAGUGACGGGGCGGCCGGAGCCGCAGUACGCCGCGUGGCGCCGCCGCGUGUGGCGCCACUGCGUCUCGUUCCCCGUCAUGUUGCUGUGCUUGGGGGUUGCGGCGGCUGCUACCUUCACGUUGCUUUUGGCUCAGGAUUGGUGGGAGAGCAGGAUAGGUUAUUUCAGUUGGAUACCGCGUGCUGUGUUGGCGAUCAUUAUAGCCCUAGAGGAAGAAGCCUACGCGCGAAUAGCAAAGUGGCUCAAUGAUAAAGAGAAUUAUCGUCUAGAGACAAAAUAUGAGAAUCAUCUGAUUGUGAAAAUAGCAUUGUUUCAAUUUGUAAACUCGUUUAUGAGUUUGUUCUACAUAGCGUUCUAUGUACAGGACAUGGAUAAAUUGAAAGAACAAUUAGCUGUGCUCUUAAUAACGAGGCAGAUAAUUGGGAAUUUGAAAGAGUCUGCGUUGCCAUACCUUAUAGAGAACUUGCGAUUGGCGAAAAUUUGCUUCGACGUUUUUGGCGCGUUGAGCCCCACAAAAGUGCAAACAUCGGAGCAAUUAGCAGAGUUAUUCGAUAAAGAAAAACGAACAUCAUCAUCAGGUGAACCACCGGAGAUGAUGAUCAACGGUACGGAUAAGGAUAGGAGGGAUUCUGAACCCGUGGUCGGACAGAAGGUCAUACAUCAGGCUGAGUUGGAGUCACAGUUGUUUAAGUACGAGGGCACGUUCGCGGAGUACCUGGAGAUGCUGACGCAGCUGGGCCACGUGGUGCUGUUCUCGUGCGCGUUCCCGCUGGCGGCGCUGUGCGCGCUGCUCAACAACGCGUGCGAGAUCCGCGCCGACGCCUUCAAGCUGUGCCACGUGGCGCAGCGCCCCUUCGGCGAGCGCGUCAGCAGCGUGGGCAGCUGGCAGCACGCAAUGGAAGCGAUGGUGGCCGUAUCAGUGCUAGUGAACUGUGCGUUGAUCGGUCUGUCUGGACCUGCGCACCGGCUGUUGCCGGACGCCACGCCGGCACAAACCGUACUACUCGUUGUGGCUUUAGAGCAUGUAGUGUUAGUGACGGUGUUAGCACUGCGGAUGGCUAUACCGGAGAUCCCGGCGUGGCUCGCCACUGAAAUGGCCAAAGUGGAGUUCCAAAGACGGGAGGCUAUUAACGCUGCGCACGCGCCGCUUUUGUCUGAAUGCACAAGUCAAGAUGACAUCCGGACUUCGACACGCAACUCCCCGCACAGCGCGACACCUUGCACGCCCAAGACGGACAAAGUCGACAAAUUGGACAAAUUCGACAAGUUCGACAAAUUCGACAAGUUCGACAAGUCUGACAAAACGGACAAGCCGGAUAAAAAGAAAAUUAACAUUGGCAAGAUACCCGAAAUACCACCUUUUAGGGUUGAAAUUUCCAGGCCUAAAGCAGCGUCCAUAACAGAUCCCGCAGUCACUGGCUCGCUGCAAAUGCUGCAAGACGUCAGUCCUACGAAACCUAUAUUAAGAAAGGAAGCAAACCCAGGUGCACCCUUAUCCCUACUCGGGGUGCGAGGGUUGAGGGAUGAGCCCUUGCACAGGUCGGCGCACUGCAUUCCCCACCCCACUCAGCAUAGACCACUCGUUAACCCUACUUUACAGGAAUUAUCAGGCAGUGUGAGUGCGGGCGGCUCGGAGCCGGAUCUGAACGCGGUGCCCUCCACCACGUCCAUAGACACCAGCGCCACCUCCAGUGAGGACGACAAACCUAAGGACAAGGAUAAAAGCAGCCGGUCGCGCGCCCGCGCCGCGCUGGUGAAGCGCGUGCGCUCGGUGGCCGUGUUCUCGCUGGGGCUGCGGCGCGCGCGCGAGGCCGCGCUCGACCGCCACUCGCCGCGCACGCCCGACCGCCCGCACACCGCGCCCGGUCCACCAGCUCCAAUGCUCGGCGGAGAGCUGUCUCUGAUACCGAUAGAGCAAUUAAUUCAAGUGGACGAUGUCAAACCGAGACCGUCUACGUAAAAUUUCCUUUUAAAAAACGCAUUUUAGUAUUAAACUUUUGUAUCGAAUGGUUAUCGCUUGAUCAUUAAGAAAUAAGUCAAUUUUAUAUUAUUAUUAUUUAUUGUAAAGAAGUUUUAAUUUCAAUAGUGUAUACGUGAUUUUUAUUUCUGUAAAACCGUAAGAGAGCUGUCACAGUGACAGUUUUUCGUUUGAUUUUUCAUGUGUCAUUUAUUUUUUGUUCAGAAAAUGUAUAACAGUUUGGAAACACUGUUCUAAAGCAUUCAUAGUUAGUGGUUUAGGUUGUAUUUAGGUGCAGUAUAUUUAGUAUAGGCUCGUAUCGUCGAUAGACGUUUUGGUAGACACUAGAUGGGGUUGCCACAACAAAAAUCACGUUUACCCCAAAAAUCUGGAGAAAGCACUUGGUUACAUUGUGGUUCGAACGAAGUACAAAUAAAUGUCAAGAAUUUUUCGUCUCAACGAGAAAUAAUGUAUGUGAUAAUGCUGUGAGCGUGUUGUAAUGAUGGCUUUUUUAGCAUUUUUAAUACAUUUGGAUGAAGUUUUUCGAUGUUGUUGAUGUGUUUGUUAUUUCACAUAGAGUUAAGUCAGAUUUUGCGAAGAGAUAUAAACCGCUUUAUCACUGGAUGUUAGGGAUUAGGAAUCUGGGUUUUUGUCAAAAUAUAGUGUAAAGAGUAUUUUUUUAUUGUGUCGUUUUAUAAAUUAUUGUUUGUUAGUAGAAUAGACUCGUAUUUAUUUCUACUUAAAAUUAGUGAUUUGAUAUUGGAUAUAUCAU